AUGGGCCCGGAGACGGUGACGGGACCUGAAGGUGGUUCGGUGUCUGUGAUGUGCCACUAUGGGAAAGGCUACGAAGAGUUUCCAAAAUUCUGGUGCAGAGACGACAUGGUAUUGUGCUUGGGCAGCCACAUCAUAGAGACCACAGGGUCAGAGGCUGAGGUGUGGCAGGACCGAUUCUCCAUCCGGGACAACCACACGCAGCGCACCAUCACGGUGUCCAUGGAGACCCUGACGAUGGCGGACACCAGCACCUACCUGUGCGGGAUAAAUAAGCCUCUUGAUUUUGAUCCCACACAUGCUGUGGAACUGUUGGUGUCUCCAGCCUCCACAAAGCCGACCUCGGCACGGACAGCUGCUAAGGAAGAUGAAGCCAAUUUCCCUAACCAACACCCCACCCCAGCAGGGUCCCAGGCCAGCAGCAUCCAUUUCCUGCUCCUGGUCGGCUUGAAGGUGCCCAUCUUCCUGUGCAUGGUCUGUGCCGUGGUGUGGGUGAGCGUGCACUACAGGGACAGCUCCUGUGCCAUGGUGCCACACAGACGUGAUCAUCACCUGCCUCACCCCUAGGCCCGGGAAGGGCCUGAACUAUCACAUCAGCAAUGCCUCCACCUGCCCUGCGUUCAGCGUCUCCCAGGCACUAGACCUGA